CACACACACACACUCACUCACUCCACCGUGCGGAACCCUCUGCCGCUCGCCAGUUCUUCUCUCCGCGUCUCCGGGACUUUUACUCCGCGCUUCAGAUCAAAGCAAACCGCAGACAGACACAGGCUGGAGGAAACCUUUGAUCUCAGAGCUGAGAAGGUCAAAGGUCAUGACCUCAUUUUGACCCUCUUUCGUCUGCUGUCGUGACCUCAUGUUUCACACUUUCCCCAACAAGUCUCGUACGCAGGCGUCGGUCAGCAUGGAGAAAACGUACUCGCUGACGGCCCAUUACGACGACUUCCAGGAGAUCAAAUAUGGCAGUCGCUACAGCAGCAGUACGCUGAGUAAUGGCAUGAGUCUGCAUCUGGGCGGAUCAUUGGACCGCAGCCGCACCCGAAGUGGGCGGGACAAGUGUGUGGGUGGAGCCGGGCCGGUGAGCGGAGCUACAGCGAGGUGGAGCCGUCGUGAAAUCUGCCUUCUGUCCGCACUGGUGUUUGCAGCAGGAAUGUGUGUGAUUCUGGGAUGCAUGUUAGCAUUAAAGUUCCUCGCUCGAUCGCAGGAUUCUCAGUGUCGCCAGGAUUGUGUGAAACGGCGUUCGCUUUUACGCGCCGCUAGAUUCGUUCAGGGAAAUAUCGACCCCAGCGUUCAGCCCUGUCAUGACUUCUACAGCUUUGCGUGUGGAGGAUGGUUACGCAGACACGGGAUACCAGAGGAUAAACUGAGCUAUGGGAUUAUCACUGCUAUUGGAGAACAAAACCAGGACAAACUGCAGCGCCUCCUACAGGCACCGGUGCAGAGGAGAGAGCUCGAGAGUGCAGAGAGAAAGGUGAAAGAAUUUUACCGCUCAUGCAUAAACAUCAAAGAAAUCGACCGUCUGGGGGCGGGGCCUAUGACCGAGGUGAUUGACAGCUGCGGUGGGUGGGAUCUGUCUGGAGCUCCUCCUGGAGGGGCGGGGUGGGACAGUGGCUCCGCCCCCAUCAGGCCAGAUUUUAAUGAGAUGCUGUAUAAGACGCAGGGAGUUUACAGCACAUCUGUGUUCUUCUCUCUUACCGUCAGCGUAGACGACAAAAACUCUUCACGCAACGCCAUACGGAUUGAUCAGGAGGGUCUGACUCUUCCAGAAAGAACUCUGUAUCUUGGACAAGAUGAAGACAGUGUGAAGAUUCUGGCGUCCUAUAAAGCGCUGAUGGAGAGACUGCUGAGCAUGCUGGGAGCUCACAACGCCACGCUCAAAUCCCGAGAGAUUCUGGAUCUGGAGACCAAACUGGCAAACAUCACUGUCUCUGAGUAUGAAGACCAAAGAAAAGACAUCAGCAGCAUGUAUAACAGAAUAACACUAAAACAACUGCAGAAAAUGGCUCCAAGUUUCCACUGGAAGCGUCUGCUUGACCGCAUCUUCAACGAUAAUUUCUCUGAGGAGGAGGAGAUUGUGGUUUUGGCCACUGACUACAUGCAAACGGUGUCGGACAUCAUCAAAACCACCUCUAAACGCGUCCUUCAUAACUACAUGCUGUGGCGUAUGGUUGCGGCUCUGAGCGAGCAUCUCUCCACAGCGUUCCGCAGCACCAUCCACGAGUUUUCUCGAGAAAUCGACGGCACCGAGCAGCAGCUGGAUCUGGAGCGUCUGUGUCUCACGCAGGCCAACAAACACUUCGGCAUGGCCCUCGGAGCGCUGUUCGUCCAGCAGCACUUCUCCUCCUCCAGCAGAGCCAAGGUGCAGGAGCUGGUGGAGGAUAUUAAACACUCUCUGGAUGUGAGGCUGCAGGAGCUCGACUGGAUGGAUGAAGAAACCAAAGACGCCGCCAGAGGAAAGCUGCAGCACAUGAUGGUUAUGACGGGUUAUCCGGACUUCCUGUUAAAGCCUGAGCUUAUCGACGAGGAAUAUGCGUUUGACGUGAACGAGAAAACGUACUUCAAGAACAUCCUGAACAGCAUCAAGUACAACAUCAAACUCUCCAUCAAGAAGAUCCACAAAGAGGUGGACAAGACCACGUGGCUUCUUCCUCCACAGGCAUUAAAUGCGUAUUACCUGCCAAACAAAAACCAGAUGGUUUUUCCUGCAGGUAUUCUUCAGCCGACUCUCUAUGAUCCAGAAUUCCCUCAGUCACUGAAUUAUGGAGGAAUCGGUGCGAUUAUUGGACACGAGCUCACACACGGAUACGACGACUGGGGUGGACAGUAUGAUCGCUAUGGCAACCUGAAGCAGUGGUGGACGGAGGAGUCGUACAGGAAGUUCCAGAAGAAGACGGAGUGUAUCGUCAAACUGUACGACAACUUCACUGUGUACAACCAGAGGGUUAACGGGCGUCUGACUCUGGGUGAGAACAUCGCUGAUCUGGGUGGACUGAAGUUGUCUUAUCAUGCGUAUCAGAAGUGGGUGCGUGAGCACGGGCCAGAGCGUCCACUGCCGGGACUCAAACACACACAUGAGCAGCUCUUCUUCAUCGCCUUUGCUCAGAACUGGUGUAUGAAGAGAAGAUCUCAGUCCAUCUACCUGCAGCUGCUGACAGAUAAACACGCACCUGAGCAUUACAGGGUGAUCGGCUCGGUGUCUCAGUUCGGAUCCUUCUGCUCAAAUGAUUAUUUUUAUAUCUGAUGCCGAGAGUGUUCUUUAAGACUGAUGUUUGUGUAGACUGGUGUGUGUGUGUGUGUGUGUGUGUGAGAGAAAGUGAGUGUGUGUGUGAGUGUGUGAUCGUGUGUGUGAGAGAGAGUUAAUGUGUGAAUGUGUGUGAUAGAUUGAGUGUCUGUGUGCAAGAAAGUGAAUGUGUGCCUUUGUGUGUGUGUGUGUGAGAGAGUAAAUGUGUGUAUGUGUAUUUGAGAGUUUGUGUCUUGUGUGCAUGUGUGAGUAAGAGUGUGUAUGUCUGUGCGCAUGCCUGUCAUAAGGAGUGAGUGUGCGUGUGUGAGAGAGUAUGUGUGUGUGUGUGUGUGUGUGUGUGUGUGUGUGUGUGUGUGUGUGUGUGUGAGACAGCGCUGUACUGUAGGCAUGUUGAUGUUUUGAUAUGAUGUGUUUUGUCACACACACGUGUUGUGUUUCUGAGUAAAGAAGCUGCUGCUGAAGAACAACACACUGAUUCCCUAUCGCCUGCUCUGUGUGUGUGUGUAUGUGUGUGUGUGUGUGUGCAUUACAGACUGCAACUUCAGGACACUUAUUUCUGACAAACACACACACACACACACACACAAGUUAUAUGUUUUUUGGUGUUCUGUUUAGUCAAUUUGAUCCUUUUCUUUACAGAAAUUUUGAGUUUUUGUUACACAAUAUAAGGCGACACAGUGGCCUCACAGCAAGAAGGUCGCUGGUUUGAGUCUCGGCUGGGUCAGUUGGUGUUUCUGUGUGGAGUUUGCAU